AAUAUGUUUAUAGUUUUACACCGCCUUUAAUCUCGUCUUGAAUAGCACAUAUAAAACUACUAAUGUUAAUUUCACAAAACAGUGCAUUUCUAUAGAAGCUAGUGAAUUCAUAUAGUUGCUAAAUAAAAAUAAGUUCAUAAGCAAUCACACAAAUUAAAUGAAACUUAGCCAAUAAAAGUCAAUAACAAUAACAAUAAAAAAUGGACGAGAAAGAUGAAUUAUCACAGCUUGAAGAACUGCUCAGUGCUGACUUCGGUGAAAAUACUGAAAUGAAUGCACAAAAUAACACCAAAGAAGUAGACAUAUUUCAGCAAACUACAAACUUAAGAAGUGAAAUGCCAUCAUCAAGUACAGCUGAAGUUCCUUCUAUUGUACACAAUGGAGAUACUGAUUCUUCAGACGACGAGGAAAAGCGGGACUAUGCAGAAAGGAAGUACAAUGAUUACGGUUCACAAGUAAAAAAAUCAUUAGACAAAAUUGAACAAGAUCAAAUUAAUCAAAGACUGGAUUUUGAGAGUAGAUUACGACAAACAAACAUGGAAACUAAAGUUUCACGUUAUUCCAAAUUCACAAAAAAACCUAACAUUGAACCUAGAAAUGUGUUCAGUCCUCCUAAAGUGAAAAGUAAUAAAAAUGCAGAUGUUUACACAGACCCUAUAUUCAAUAUUAGGAUUACAAAGCCAUUGCUAUCUAGUUCAGUUUUGCUAGAGAGAAUGCAAGGUAGAGAAGCUAUAAGCAUGCUUAGAGUAAAAAGGCAUGUUGAGAAUGAAGACUUGUCAAAAGAUUGGGUGAUUGCAGGUGUUAUUGUUAGGAAAAGUUCAACUAAACAAUCUCAGAAAGGAAGUCAGUUUAUUAUAUGGACUCUCAGUGAUUUAAAAGAUGAUAUGAAAACGGUUUCUAUAUUUUUAUUUAGGAAAGCCUAUAAUGAACUAUGGAAAACUGCUGAAGGAACAGUUGUUGCAGUUCUUAACCCUAAUGUAUUAGAUAGAUCACAGAAUAGCGCAGAUCAGGCUUGCCUCAGUGUUGAUAAUCCUGACAGAGUUAUGAUCAUAGGACUCUCCAAAGAUUUUGGUAUUUGUAAAAGUAAGAAGAAAAAUGGGGAACCAUGCACAGCCUUUGUCAAUAUGAAUCAAUGUCAACACUGCAUUUAUCAUGUAAAACAAGAAUACCAAAAGUUUUCACAGAGACAAGAACUACAAUCUUCAACCAUGGGCAAGGGUUUAGUAAGUUUACAAAAUAAAGUUUUAGGAAAAAACACUGUGAUCUAUGGAGGCAAAGCAUAUUCAGCCUUACAAAGCGGAAAUAACAAAAAGAUAAAAGAAAAAGAUCAAAACAGACUGAUGUCACUCAGUGACUAUUACAAAACUGAGGGUGACAAGUUAAUCACUAACAAAAUGCCUUAUGGGGCAGGAUUUGUGAAGAACAAUAGUGCAUUACACAGUCCGACUACACAAAAAACUAGUGAUACUGAAAGACUCAGCAAAUUGUCCAACUUUAAUACACCUACAAACUCAAAACAACUUAGCCUUGCAGAAAAACUGACUAAUUCUCCCACAUUAGGCAAAGGAUUUAGUAUAAAAGGCAGUGGAACAAUAGACCUAAAUAUAUCAUACAAACAAAAGGUAGCUGAAAAAGCAAAAUCCAAUGCAAUCAGAAUAAUUCAACAGAAUGGUGGAUUACCAAAAUUAGAUCCUAAUAAUUUAAAUGGAACUGCUGCUGGGAAAAAAAGAGCUUUAGAAAAAUUGAAUGGAAUGAAUGAUGAGAAUAGCAGUAAAAAAGCAAAAUCCAAUCAUGAACAGAGCAACACUGGGAAAAUACUCUCUGAAAGGUUCCGUAAAAUAUUAGAAGCCACAUCAGUACAUCAAGACUUAGUAAAACAACAUGAAGAUGAUGAACAAGAGAAGUAUUUUAACAAAUUAGAGAAAAAGGAAGCAAUGGAAGAAAAAAUGUUGAGCACAUAUAAACUUCCAUGCAAAGCAGUAAGAUGUGCUAAAUGUAAAUACACUGCAUUUUCUGCUGCUCAACGGUGUAAAGAUGAAAGACAUCCUCUAAAAGUAUUAGAUACAUUUAAGAGGUUCUUUAAAUGUUUGGAUUGUAAAAAUAGAACUGUUUCUUUAGAAUUGCUGCCUCUGCAUUCUUGUAAUAAUUGUGGAAGUUCACGGUGGGAGAAAGCUCCAAUGUUAAGAGAAAAGAAAAUAACGACACUUUCUGAUGGUUUAUCCAUCAGGGGUGAAGAAGAAACAUUUUUGGGUGGACAAGUUGCUACUGGCAAAAAUAUAAAUCUAUUGGUACCAGACAGCUAACAUAAAAGCAAGAUUAAUUUUAUACUGAGUUUAAAUGUUUUGAUACUAUUUAUACACUUUAAUUAUUAUAGGAUUAAAUUUUAAAUAAAAAUCAUAGUGAA